GUAAAUUCUUUUAAAUAUUUCAGUCUUUCAUUUGGCAUGACUAUUUCCUUUAUUCCUCUUAAAUUAUUGCCCAUUAUUCCCUGCCGCAGCCCGAAAUCAUGACGUCCCAGCCAGAUAGCCCAACACAGCCAGUAGCAUGUAAGCCUGCCUCACCAGAUAUAUUACCACGGCCUAUAUUUGUUUAUAUGAUUCUACGGGCUAAACCACUCCUUGCCUGGGUAUUGACGGGAGAUGCUUCCAUAGCGACAGUAUCACCUAUGAUCAGCCCGGCCCAAGUCUCGGGAUACAUCCGCUUCGCCCUCCAACACGCCGAUUAUCCAGCCGCAAUUAGAGACGAGAACAACUCUAGCUCAACUAUUGAUGGAUAUUUACUUCGGCUCAACACAGCAUCCGAACGGAGAAAGUUGGAUAACUUUGAAGGCGAGCUCUACGUGGCGACCGCCGUGAAUGUGAGCAUACUAGUUGCCAAAAAGACACCUACAGGUGAAACGGCAGAGGCUGACAUGUAUACUUGGAAUGGCGAGAUGGGGCUUCUAUCACAAAGCCUAUGGGAUCUGGACACAUUUAUCAACGAAAGACUGGACGACUGGCUUGAUCUAUUUCAAGGAAUGGAGCUUGUUAGUGACGAUGAAUAACUAACAGAUGGUCGAGCGACAGCCAGCUUAUACGCGAAAAAGAUAGAACUCCC